AUGCAUCGAUUUAAGAUUUACAAAAUUCAGAUGUGCAAAUAUGCACUGAUAAAUAAGUGUGACCGAGGAGAAAACUGCACCUUUGCCCAUGACAUUAGCGAACUGAGGAUAAAGCCCGACAUGAGGAAAACGAAGUUAUGUAAAAGUUACAUACUAGGAAAAUGCACUGACCAUAACUGCAUUUAUGCCCAUUCAGUGAACGAGCUGAGGGAGGUUGGGAAGCCGGCUAUCUGCCAGCUUCACAGAGAAGGCAGGUGUAUCAAGGGAAACCAGUGCAGGUUUGCGCACUCCAUAAAUGACAUAAACACGAAGCUGGUGCAGUUCUAUGAGGAGAACAUGCACGAGGACGAAAUGGAGUUUUCUCACCUGAACAGGUGCCUGGAUUUCGUAAACCAGGGAGAAUCGUCCACACUAAACAGGGGAAGCGACCUGCGCAGCGAAGAACUGCUACACCUGGCCCGCCAAGAAAAACACAGAGAGUGGAAACUAAGCGUAAACUUUAACGAGGGUAGUUCCAACUCAUCAAGUGCCUCCAACCAACACACGCGGGAAAAGGCGAAAAGCGCCAACAGAACAAACAACACAUCCAAAGGUAUGAACAGAGCAAGUCUGAUAAAGAACUCUUCCUGCAGUGCGUUCUUAAACAAUAACAUUCCCAAUUUGAGCUCUCGGAAGGAAGAAAAAAAAAGCGAAGUUCUCCUACGUGGCAGAAAUGGGAAGUACACAAAAUUAUGUGCAAUAAACAUGAGUAUGAAAAGCACACAAGGGGGAGUCAACCGUUAUGAUAAAGAAUUACUCCUCCAGGAUGAUAAGGAGGAUUAUCCAUUAGAAGGAAGAUUUAAAAAAAUGAAUUACCCUCAGAAUAGACAGCAGCAUGAGGGAAAUGGUUCCACUGAAUCGGUGAGGCAGAACCUUACGCCCCCCUUCAAUUCGCGCUCUAUCAUAUCCUUUAAUGGGGAAGAAUCUGGGCAGAAUAGGAACAAUUGUGGGGUGGUGGAUUACAGAAGUGGGACCAGUGGUGAAGAUUCGAUUUACUUCGGCCUGGGAAAAAACGUGGACGCCAUGGGUGAGAGGUCCACGUUACGGUUAGGUAACAACCAAGGUGGAACCACCCGUGGUAAAAAUUUUCCGCCGGGGGAUGUGUUCACCAGAGUGCGAGCCUCGGGGAAGAAGGCCCUCUCCAGCGAAAGUACCACAUUCAAGGAGGAGAAAAAAAGAAGUCAGGCCAACGCUGAUAAGGGGGACGGGUUGAUACAUAGUACAGACCGGUUGAACGUUCGGGGAGGUGUCUCUUGGGAGGGUAAAGGCUACCCAAUGGAAAUGCUAUCCGGGAAUAGCGGUGUGGACAGGAACAGUAACGGAGGCAGGAAGGUUCCUCAUUAUGUACUCGAGGAGAACCUUUCCAAUGAGAUGAAGAAGGGAAAUGGAAAAGAUAACGAUGAGGAGAAAUUUCAUCUGGCUAGGUAUUACGAGUCCACUUUGCCCAUUAGUAGGGAUGACAUGUGUGAUUUCAUGGAGGGUUCCCUCCUCCGGUUGGCACAGACAAACGAACACGUCGAGAAUCGAAAUGCAUGUAGCACGUGUAAGACCUACCUGGAUGUUGACGUACAGAAGGUAAGAGGACGUCUUGGUGGGGAAAAAGGACAGUUGGACAGGGGUAGCAAAAGUGGGGUUAUUCCAAGAAUGAGUAGCCAGAAUAAAACAUUGAACGUUAGGGAGAGUGGUCCUCCUAAUGGAAGCAUCCCGCACAAGGGAUCGACUACCUGUCUGCCUGAGGUGGAAAAUGCAAAUGCAAAUGGUAGUAGUGAUCAGAAUGGUGUCUCGAAGGAAGGGUCGGCGGAGGGACUGACCCGAUACGGCAGCGGCAUGCAAGGCGGAAGCAACAGUCAGUAUGGCAGUAGCAGCACAGUGGAUAUGUGCGCGCAAAAUGUUGAUGAGGUUUUUUUCGGAAGGAUUGAGGAGAGCGGAAUUGGAUCGGCCUGUCGGAAAAGCGGGGGGGUAAUACGCGAUUCGAUGGAAAAAGCAUUGUUGGGGAGUCAUGAAGAGAAGAAGGGGAACCCCCCUGACGCGGCUCACCAUAACGAGCUCCUAAAAUACUUUGAAGAGAUGCAACAAUGGAGCGGAUGUUCGGUGCUGGAGAGGUUGCAGACGGAAGAUGGAAACUUCCAGAGGGGCGUCAGUGACGACGAGCAUGGGGAGGUCCCCAAGGACAGUCCAAUUCUAUUGGGGGACUACGCAGGGGCCAAGAACUGUGCCAACCUUAGGCCGUAUAACUUAUUUUCCAUGUUCAGACAAAAGAGUCCCGACUUGAGGGGAUUGCCGGAUAACUGUGGCGUGAAAAGCGCAUCACAUAGGUGUGUCUCACAAGAUGAAGUCCUCCUAGGGGGAACGAAGAAUGACAGUAGCGACCACGCCGGGAGGAAGGACCUUUCCAGUGUUAGGAGUGUUGCUAAUCAGAAGAAGGUAGUUGAACCAGUCGGCGGUCGGAAAAGGGAAGGGGAUGUCCCUGUUUACUCACUUGUCAGCAAUGGCAGGAACAAUCCCACAAAUAGUAGCCGCUACCGCAUGAAUGUGCAAAGCGACUCUCCAGGGAUGAAUAACUACCAUGAUGGAUGUGACGAUUAUGUUAUCCAUUCGAAUGAGGACAAGAUGAUCGAAAGGGAGAAUCGUCUGUUGUAUAGGUGGUUAGGUCUGUCCUCGUUAAGUGAAAGCUGCCCCAUGGGGAUGGACACCUCUGGAGAAAGUCCCCUCCUCACCCUGGAUGAUGAAGAAUCCUACUUGGCAAAUUUAGACAGGACCGGAGGUAUGAAGAAUGUCCUAUCGGAUGGGAAGGACAUGAGUUGUUGGUCGAAAAGGAGCAUGUCAAGGAGAAGAGUGGUCCACAAUGGAGAAGAUUCCCGAUUGAAGAGCAAAGAGGAAGAGCUUUAUCACUCCAGUUUGGAUAAUAUCCCCAUUGGGUACGAAGAAAUGGGAAGCGAAAACAUUUUUAUGGCCAAUUAUAGUUGGGACGAUAAGGAGGAAAGACUUGUGAGCACCGAUGAAGGGGCUGUCAGGAUAGGUAACACGAAGGAGAAAAAAGGGGAGACACAUUUUGAGAAGAGUGAUUUAUAUGAUGACUUAACGGAGAGGAAUAUUUUCUCGACACGUCAUCUUUGUGAAGGGGGGGAAGCGAACUUGAUAAACGACCUCUCCUGGGGUGGUCCCAAGUGGGAUGAUCAGAAGUGGGAUCAAGUCAAUCUUGAGCCGUUCGACAGGAUACACAUGGAAGAUGGUUCAGCAGGUGGGUGCGACAACGGAUUAGUGGGAAGUAACGCGCACAAGGAGAACAGAUCCGAUAGGGGGAGGAAUCACGCAAGUCACGCGCUGACGGGGGCCUUCCUCAACUAUGACUACGAGAAAGGGAUCGAAGACGACGUAGUGCGAAGUUUCCUGGAGGAGAGUAACUCCCCCCCGUACGACCGCCUGGACAGUUCCUUCUUUUAUGAUUUCCACGAGGGGGGUAAUGGAAGGCCUUUUUUCAGUUAUGGUGAAGAUGGUGCGCUAAGCGGCAAGGACAAGAAUUCUUUAUAUGACGAUGCGGACGCCGCCGCAUUUGACGAUGGGGCGUUCUGCGUUGAUCUGUCAAAGGACAUGGACCUUCAAUUUUUCAGCCAAGGUGGGUAA